AUGAAAUAAAAAAAACCAUAAGAUUGGGAUUGGAAUAAGAAGGGCUCUCUUAUUUAUGGGACAAUAGUAAAUGAUCUAUUUUAUAUUAGGAUUUUUAACCAUAGCCAUUAGUUUUAGGUUUUGAUAUGGAUGAGACCUUGAUAAAAACUAAAAGUGGAAAGAAAUUUGCAAAGGAUGCAAAUGAUUGGCAAUGGUGGGAUCCAAAAGUUAUUCCAACAAUUUAAGACUAUUCUAAACAAGGAUACUCCAUUGUUAUAUUUACAAAUCAAAAUGGUAUAGAAAAAGGACACACUAAAGAAUCUGAUAUAAAAACAAAAAUAGAAUCUUUAUAAAAAGAUCUCAAACUUCCUUUAGCUGCAUUUAUUGCUUCAAGUGAUGACAAUUACAGAAAACCAAGAGUAGGUAAAUAAAUUAAAAUAAAUUUAAGAUAUGUGGACAGAUUUUUAAGAAUUAACAGGAACAAAGGCAGAUAUGAAAAAAAGUAUUUAUUGUGGAGAUGCUGCAGGAAGAAUCAAAGGGAAAAAAAAAGAUUUUACUGAUACUGAUUUGUAUAAUUUAAAAAUAAAAUUUUAAGGAAAUUUGCAAUAAAUUUAGGUUUAAUUUUUAAAACUCCAGAGCAAUUAUUUUUAAAAGAAGAUCUUAAUGAAGAUUAUUCUAAUUAAUUAGGAUUUAAUCCUAAAAGUAUACCGAAGGAAGGAUACUUAUUUAAAGAAAGCAAGGUUAAUAAAUUUAUAAAACCAGAUAAACCAGAAAGUAAUUAGUAUUAAUAUCUUAAGUGAUAAUAAUGAUAGGAGCACCUGGAUCAGGUAAAUCAACUUUUGUACACAAUUAUUUAAAUGAUUAUACCAGAAUUAAUAGAGAUACUUUGAAAACUAAAGAAAAAUGUCUUAAAGUUGCUGAACAGGCAAUUUAAGAAAAGAAAUAUAUUGUCAUAGAUAAUACAAAUCCAACUGUAGAAGAUAGAGCAGCAUUUGUAAAAUUAGCUAGUGAUAAUAAUUAUCCUGUUAGAGCUUUUUUCUUGGAUGUAUCUAAAGAUUUAUGUCUUCAUAAUGAUACAUAAAGAGAUACCAAUAAUUUUAGGGAACACUUUUCAAAAAAAGUAGGUAAGAUGCCCAUAAAUAUGAUUUAUUCAAAAAUAAAACCACCGACUAAAGAUGAAGGCUUUGCUGAAACCUUAACUAUUAACUUUAUUGCAGGGCCAUUUAAAAAUAAAGAUGAUGAAGAUGCAUUCUAUAGCUUUGUUCAUGGAAAAAAUUGAAAACAAUUAUAAUCAAAUAUAUAAUAUGAUCUUAAAUUAUAGCCUG